AUGACACUUUUCCUCGGUCAUUUUCCACAUUUUAAAGAACAAUUUCUUCAUCUUCAAUCUGUAACAUUAAUCGAAGCUGGAAUUAAUACUUUCAUCGAUUUACCUUUAUCUGUUUCAUCAUUAUCAAUUAGAAGUUUUGAUACUGAUAAUUAUUCAAAAACUUACAUUAAUGUAAUAUUAUCUCAACAAACAAAAGUUUUAACUCAUUUAAAAAUUGAUAAUAAAGAUUUACAAUAUCUUAUUGAUACAAGCUUUCCAGCUCUUACUCAUUUGAUUAUUCUUGGAGGAGAUUAUUAUGGCCGUGAAUAUAUUGAUGUGUGUUCACCAUUGGAAAAUAUCGAUAUCCAUUCAAUAAUUCAACAAUGGCAAUGUUUUCUCACUCAUCUUUAUCUUGUUAUCGAUAAUAAAAUUCGAUAUUCGACAUUUAAUCUUGAUCGAUUCUCUCAUUGUCUUACGCGUCUUACAUUACACUUUCAUCAAGAUAUUCAAGUAUCAUUGGUAUGUCUUGAACGAUGUUUAAUUAAAUUGUCUCAACUGACAAAUUUUACUUGUCAAGCAAAUGGUUCAUGGGAUUUAAUUGAUGGUAAACAAUGGGAAAAAUUUAUUUUAAAAACACAAAUUCUUCGAUUUAAUUGCAAAUUCGAAUGCAACCUUAUUGAAGAAAUUUCAUCUAUACUCGAAUCAUUUCGUUCAUCAUUUUGGCUUAAAGAACGACAUUGUACAAUCGAUUUUUUCUCUUGUGAUAUUUAUAAAUUAAUUGCACCAGUCAAUUAUCGUUUCAAUCAAGUUAAAUCAUUGACACUUUCAGGUUCAUCAUUAUUAUCAUUGAAUAUUCUCUCAUUAAUUGUCGAUCUUCAACAAAUUCAACAUCUUGAUGUAGCUGAUAUUCAUCUCUUAUUACCUGAUGAACUUGAAAAUCUUAUUACUCAUACACCUCGUGUCACAAAUUUAUUAAUGAAAUUCGAUCCGUUAUUUAUUAUACCUUCACAAAUUCAUUAUCUCCUAUUGGAUGGUCCUGGUCAAUCGAUUUCUCUUGAUAGACUUUAUUAUACAAUAUCAUCUGUUAAAAGAUUGGAGAUAUCUAUGGCAUCAAAAGAAAUGAUUAUUGAUGUUAUUGAUCGAUUCCUUGGUUUGGAGAAUCUUGAUAUAUUCUUUGAUGAUGGUGAUCUUGAUGACGAUUCUAUGACUAUUUAUAAAGGUAUCUCAAAUGAAUGGUUAAUCCAACAUACGCAUCGUCUCAAAUCACAUGAUCUUACUUGUCGACAUUCGAGUGAAUUCUAUCCAUCGAUGUACUUAUCGUUUGGUGAUCGACGAAAAGAAAAUUUCGAUCAAGAUUAA